AUGUCUACUAUAACUUUUGUUACUGGUAAUGCCAAUAAACUUAAAGAAGUUGUUGCCAUUUUGGCUGGCAGUGAUGGAGAAACUAAAGUUGGGAAAUUCAGUAUCUCCAAUAAAAAGCUUGAUUUGGAUGAACUACAAGGAACUAUAGAUGAGGUGAUCACGAGGAAAUGUGAACAGGCAGCCAGAAUUGUGGGUGGACCUGUCAUGUGCGAGGAUACAUGUCUCUGUUUCAAGGCGAUGCACGAGUUACCGGGUCCAUACAUUAAAUGGUUUGUUAAAUAUGUUGGAUUAGAAGGUAUUAACAAAAUGUUGGAUGGAUUUGACGAUAGAUCUGCACAGGCAGUGACGACAUUCGGUUACUGCGAAGGUCCCGGUCAUAAGGUUAGAUUGUUUCAAGGACGUACGGAUGGUAGGAUCGUGUCCGAAAGAGGACCGACGGAUUUCGGCUGGGAUGCCAUCUUUGAGCCUGAUGGCUUCCAAACUACCUACGCAGAAAUGACAGGACCGGAAAAGAAUAAGAUUAGCCAUAGAUAUAAAGCGUUAUCUAAGUUGAGAGAUUUUCUGUUGGCUCAAUAG